AUGCCACAUACCAAUGAUAAUAUACUGUUAGCUGUUCCCAAUCAACCAAACAAAAGACAUGCAUCCAUAGUAGAAAUGCUAUCGACUCCUCCUUUAUUACCUAGAUCUGUACCUAGUCAAUUGAACAAUAAUAACAAUAACAACAAUAACAACAACAACAAUAAUAAUAAUAUUUCCAUCUCCAUCACUAACACAAAUUUUAUAUCAAAUGUUUAUUCCUCGUCUGAUAAUAUUGUUGGCUCAAGUUUAUCCACUCAUUCCACUCCCAAACAUAGUUACACUAAUUUAAACUGUAUCUCAAUUACCAAUAGUCCCACUAGUCAUAGUUCCAUUAUAAAUAAUAAUAGCACUAAUCAUUAUAAUAUUAAUAAUAGUCAUAAUAAUAGUAAUAGUAAUAGUAAUAGUAAUAGUAAUAUCAAUAGUAAUAACAACAGUACUCUAAAUGCACCUACUAUAAGGUUUAAUCAUCAUGUAUUUAAUUCAAUAGAUAAUAACAUAGACCUUGUGGAUAAUAAUACUAAUAGUACUAUAGAUCAUGCUACUUUAAAUUUGACAAAAACAUUCACAAAUGACUCUAUGACAUCUUCAAAUGGAUCCAUAUCUUCUAUGUCUUUAUCCUUAUCCUCAUUUCAAAAUAACUAUACUGAUAAUAUUAUCUAUAAUAAUAAUACCAAUAAUAACAAUAAUAAUAACAAUAAUAGUAACAAUAAUAAUAGCAUAUCUAAUUGUGAUAGUAAUGGAAUCGUACAUUCCAUCAGUAAUGGUUCCAAUUUUUCUUUGACAAUGAUGUCUCAAUCCUUAAAUACUGUACAUCAACAAAACUGGCAAUUUAUUAGACUGUCCCAGCUAAUCGAAUCAAAUAAAUUGAUCUUUAUUAAUUCGUUAAUCUCUGUCGAAGAUGCCUUCAACACAUUAAUGAAAUAUCAUUUGACCUCAUUACCUGUCCAGACUCAUCCAAAGGACUUAAAUUGUUUGACUUUCGAUUAUAAUGAUUUGAACUCAUACCUUUUAUUGGUCUUAAAUAAAAUUAAAAUUAAUAACGAAAAACUUGCUAAAGAUUGUCAAAAUGGUGAAAAUAUUAAAGUUGGAGAAUUAAUUAAAUACACACCAAAGGACCCCUUCUAUAAAUUGUCUGAAAAUGAAAAUUUAUCCAAUGUUAUCAAUAUUUUGGGUUCUGGGGUGCAUAGAAUCGCAAUUACUGACCCAGAUAUGACACAGAUUAAAGGGAUAUUAUCUCAAAGAAGAUUAGUCAAGUAUCUAUGGGAUAACGCAAGACAAUUUCCUGAUCUAGAACCGCUAUUGAAUAUGUCUUUAAAAAAAUUGAAAAUUGGUGUUUUUAACGAUAAUAGGACCACUAAAUUAACAUCAAGAAAUUCACCAGUGAUAUCAAUCCAUGGUGAUGAACCAUUAAUUAAUGCAUUAUAUAAGAUGCAUAAUGAAAGAAUCUCGUCCAUUGCAGUCAUAGAUUCAAAUAAUAUACUGAUCGGAAAUAUUUCGGUUACCGAUGUUAAACAUUUAACUAGAACUUCACAGUAUCCUUUAUUACAGAAUACCUGUAGGCAUUUUAUCACCAUUAUUUUAAAUAAUAGAGGGUUGGAGAAUGGAGGUAAGGACUCCUUCCCUAUUUUCCACGUUUAUCCAUCAUCGUCCUUAGCAAGAACAAUCGCUAAAUUAGUAGCUACUAAAUCACAUAGAUUAUGGAUUGUGCAACCAUCAUUAACCACAGACCCCGAUCCUGAACAAUCACUUCAUUCCUCAGAAGAAAAUGAUUUCAACAUGAAUAAACCAUUUUCAACACAUUUAGUAGAAAAGGAUAGAAAGACGGGUAAAUUGAUUGGUGUCAUCUCAUUAACCGAUAUAUUAAGUAUUUUAGCAAGAAAUCAAACCCAGCAUAAACAAGUUGAUCCACAACAAGCAAGAAGAAAUAGAAAGUAA